CUCUUCUCUGUCCCUUUCUGUGAUUGCUCUUUCUCUCUCCCUCCCUCUAUCUCACUCUCAUCUGUUGGUAUGGCUCAGGCUGCAUCAUCCAAGAGGACACGUGUUCUCUGUUUAUUACAGAGCAAAAGAAGGGAGGGGAAGAGUGAGCGAAUGAGGGAGGGUGGAACAGAGGUAGAGAGAUUCACACAGCAUAGCCAUCACUGGGUAGACAGCAUCCUUCCGAAACGCACUCACGAGCAAACAAAAAGAGGCUAAACACAUCAGAAUCCUUUCAGACGACAACAGAACACAGUCCUUCAGCAGAGAUGGGGCCCGGAUUGUUCUGGAACUUCCCAUCCAAGACUAGCUGCGCGGUUCCACAGAGCCUGCUGCAGACAAUGUUGCUCUCCAGGAUGGCUGGCAUAAAGGAUCAGCAGUUCACUGAAGAGAAACCGCUACUGCCAGAAUCCAGGGGACAGGAAACAGAGAUGGCUAAAGGACAGUGUGUGCACGCGCUGCCCUGUGCUACGCCAUCCCCCCCCACGGCUCGCCCCCCAAAACGCUGGCAUGCCAUCGCCCGACACUGGCUCGGCCUGACACGCCGUCGGACCAGCGGGUACUUCCCGGAAAACUGUGAGACCUUCGUGGCUGAGGGAGAUUGGAAGGAACAUGACAUUGAAACCCCUUAUGGGAUGUUGCACGUAGUGAUCCGUGGGGCUCCAAAGGGCAACAAGCCAGCUAUCCUGACCUACCAUGAUGUUGGGCUCAACCACAAACUGUGCUUCAACACGUUCUUCCACAAUGAAGACAUGCAGGAGAUCACUAAACAUUUUGUGGUGUGCCACGUAGAUGCCCCAGGCCAGCACAUUGGUGCCCCCCAGAUGCCACAAGGAUAUCAGUAUCCUACCAUGGAUCAGCUAGCUGGGAUGCUUCCUAGUGUGGUGCAACACUUUGGCUUCAAGAGCAUCGUUGGAAUUGGAGUGGGGGCUGGUGCCUUCAUCCUCGCCAAAUUUGCGCUGAUUUUCCCUGGUCUUGUGGAGGGUCUGGUUCUACUCAACAUUGAUCCCAAUGGGAAGGGAUGGAUCGACUGGGCCGCCACAAAAUUGUCAGGACUCACCAGUACUUUACCAGACACUGUCCUGGCCCAUCUCUUCAGCCAGGAAGAGCUUAUGAGCAACACAGAAGUGGUUCAGACUUACCGUCAACAGAUCAACAAUACCAUCAACCAGUUCAACCUACAGCUUUUCUGGAACAUGUACAACAGCCGCAGGGAUUUGGAAAUGAACCGCAGUGGCUCUGUGCUAAAUGCUAAGACCCUGAGGUGCCCGGUCAUGCUGGUCGUUGGUGACAAUGCUCCGGCCGAGGAAGGCGUGGUUGAGUGCAACUCUAAACUGGAUCCAACCAACGCCACAUUCCUAAAGAUGGCUGAUUCAGGUGGAAUGCCUCAAAUUACACAGCCUGGAAAACUCUCAGAGGCUUUCAAGUACUUCCUGCAGGGAAUGGGUUACAUUGCUUAUAUGAAGGAUCGGAGAAUGAGUGGGGGGCCAGUGCCCUCGGCCAGUAUGACCCGUCUUGCUCGCUCGCGAACGGCCUCUCUGACCAGCGCCGGCUCCGUGGAUGGUUCUCGCAACCGCGCAUGCACGCACUCAGAUAGCAGUGAGGGCAUCGGGCAGGUCAGCCACACCAUGGAAGUGUCCUGCUGAUCCCUCGUGCACUGUCUCACAUGCACACAUUUAGAGAGACGUGGCAUGGAAGGAGGGUGUGAGAAGAAUGGAGGUCUCAUAUUGCUUUCAUUCUUUCUUUCUCAGCCAUUUUCUGUGUCCUUUUCUCUCAGUUUUUCAGCGUUAGCCAUCUUAAAGGAAUAGUUGACUCAAAAAUGAAAAA